AUGGACAUAAUCUCCCAACUACAGGAACAAGUCAACACAAUUGCUUCUCUUGCCUUCAAUACCUUUGGAACACUACAAAGGGAUUCUCCUCCAGUUAGACUUUCACCAAAUUACCCAGAACCACCUGCGAAUCCGACGGAGGAUGCAGAGAAUUUUGCUGAACAAGCCAAGCUCAUGAGUGCAGCUCUGGUUGAGGCUGCUAAGCAGGUUGAUGCAUUAGUUGCAGCACUUCCUUUAGCUGAGGGAGGGGAAGAAGCACAGCUGAAAAGGAUUGCAGAACUGCAGGCUGAAAAUGACGCUGUUGGCCAAGAACUUCAGAGGCAACUGGAAGCUGCAGAGAAAGAAUUAAAGGAGGUCCGUGAAUUGUUCAGCCAAGCAGCAGAUAAUUGCUUGAACUUGAAGAAACCCGAUUAA